CUCAUUUUGUUUCGUAUGUAGUCUUCUAAUGAAAUACCUAAAAGGUCUUAUAUUUUGGAACGGAGGGAGUAGUUAACAACAUGCCAUUUUCUUUCUAUAAAAAGUGCAAAUCCUGAACUACGUAGGUAUGCUUCAAGUAUCCGUGCCCUAUAUGACAAUAUAAAAAUCAAUUCGAAACAUAUAACUUAUCAGCGACAUGUAUGUCUUUCUAAUGUGGCACGGUUGCAUGGUUAAAUUAAUGCAAAAGGUGCAACUUAUAAUUGACAUACAUAGGUGCUUAUGGGCAUGGUUGCAUGCUUAGAAACAUUAGAUCCUGGAUUGCAUGUAAACAGAUGUAGUAACUUAUGAUUUGUGAUUGACAUGCAUAGGUGCUGAUGUGGCAUGUCUGCUUGUUAGGAAAAAAUAGCUAUUGGGUUUAGCUAUUUAGGAAUAAAGGAUUCCUCAUGUACUUUUUGUUAUGGUAUCUGAGUCUGACACUUCUACUUCUGCCUGAUUAUAAUAAUUUUAUCAGUGGGUACUUCUGAAAUAUACUCCAGAGAACAGCUUGAUUUCCUGAACAUCCUUUUUUUAAAAUAACUAUCUUAUUGGCAAUCGUGAAUGGUCAUGAUCUCAUGGUGAAAAUUAAGUGUUUAUACUCUACAUUUUGGGCCUGUAGCUUGAAAAGUGAACCUGCCUAUCUAUGGCUCUGGUUCUUUCUGUCUGGACCUUCUGGGACAGACAUUGGGUGAUGCUACUGCUAUUGUUCCUUUGCCCUGGUGGUGGCCUUGAUAUAGUAGUCCUCCUGUUAAACACUGAACCUGUACAUGCUAUUGUAACUACUAGCUCCUAGUCUUCAAGGCAACUACUAGCUCCUAGUCUUCAGACACGUCCUGUGUUACGGUUUGCAAGCACCUGCGCGUGCCGCUGCUUCCGUCCUCUCCCUCUCUUCUACUUAUGUAACAGUUCAGAACAGAUGCAAUGCAAGAUAUACGGGAGAGUAUAACUGUUUAGCUUGGUAAUCAGAGCCAUGGCCGGCACCGCGGCUAGCAUCGUGCCGGCUACUUCCUCGCCUACUCUCCCUCCCACCACUACACAGACAUCGCUGGCCAUCUCCUCUACCGCCGGCGGCGUACUCAGCUCCUUUGCCCCUCCUGCUGUCGCUCUUCCCUCACUCAUUGUCUAUCAAGCCAACAUCUCCUCCUACCUUCGCUUCCUCCUCGACCCUACCCAGAACAACUAUCAUCGCAGGCGCAAGAUCUCCCGCUCUGUUGCGGUAAGUACAAUGGUCUCCAGCACAUCGAUGAAAACGCCCACCCCAACACGGACGACCCGGAGUGGCGCCGGGUGGACAUCUCCGUGCUCCUGUGGUACCAUGCCAUUGUUGUUGAUAGCCUCCUCGACGUCGUCAUGACGGACGACACCACUGCCCUCGAUGUCUGGUUGCGCAUCGAGCGGUACUUCCUCGCCAACCGCGCGGCCCGUGGGCUUCACCUGCGUCGGCAGUUCAACAACCUUCAGCAGGGCGAUCUGUCCAUCGCCGAGUACACGCGUCGGCUCAAGAACCUCGCCACCGCCCUCAGCGACGUCGGCAAGCCGGUGUCUGCGGACGACCUCAUCGAGCAACUUCUUCAUGGCCUUGCCAAGCCCUUACAUGCCCUCGGCGCCAGCAUCGGCGACACCGUCCCCGUCCCCGACUUUGAGACUGCCGUCUCCGGCCUCUCCAAUGCCGAAGAGAAGAUGCAGCGCCACACGCUCCUUGAUGGCACCUCCGCCCUCGUCAUCCAUGGUGGUCGCGGCUCUCAGCCACACACGGUGGUGUGCGCCUCGCUCCUGAUGAAUCCACUGGGCGCGCCGGCCAGAACAACCCCACUGGUCACGGCACCGGCAGCUCGGGCAACGGCCAGCACGGGCGUGGUUGUAGUCGAGGGCGUGGCCGUGGCGACGGCGGUCACAGCUCCUCGUAGUCUGCAGCUCCAACCCCUGGCUGGGGUAUUUCACCCCUUAUGGCGCCGCGCUCCCUCGUUCGUUGUGGGUUCCGCCAAAGGCCGUCGGUGUCCUGGGGCCGCAUCCUGCUACUCUCACCCAGGCGUAUCCGGUUAUGUACUCCGGCUCGACGCCCUCCCCCCCUGCUGCACUGUUGCUGCACUGUACGCCGCCCCUGGAUCGGCCUCCUACCCCACGCCGGCGCCCUUUGCUGCUCCUUCGUUGCUGUCGGGGCCUUCUAGCUGGGAUCAACAGGCCUUGUUUCACCAGGCCUACAACAACGUCGUGACCCAACACCCCAAUAGCGCCACCGACUGGAUAAUGGAUUCAGGCGCCUCAUCACACGUCACAGGUCAACAAGGAUCUCGCCAGCAGGAAGGUUCUCAUGCGCUCCAUGUUGGGAUUGCUAAUGUUAAACUUCAUGCACUAGCCAACGCAACCAAAAGUCCGAACUGAUAGAAAGGGCUAGGCAAUCCACAUAGUGUAACACCUCCUCUCACGUGUGACGGGAAAGACAAGUCAACACGUGCAACCGGAAGAGAGCGACGGCGCAAAGCUCACGUAUGACUCAAGAGGCCUCUACGUGGACACAAAGGGGGGCUACCAACAAUUUUUAAUAAAUUGCGAAGCCAGGACUU